AUGCCAUUGAACGCCGUCGGAUGGACUACAGAAGAGGACGAGAGACUCGUUGAAUUAGUGAAACCACAGACAUGUUUAUAUAAUUAUUUCGACCCCUCAAGGAAGAAUAUUCUCGCUCGAGAAGCAACAUGGCAAGAAAUAGCUCAAGCCCUGUUUAAACCAGUUGAAGAAUGCAAAAAACGGUGGCGUGGCCUCCGUGAUGGCUUCAUGAGAAGCAUGCGAUUGGGCACUAUACACAAGACGAAAGCCAACAUUUUUGAGAAGUUGCAAUUCUUAGCUGGCACUAUACUAGAUAAUUCAGAAGAUAUUGAAAAGGAGUCCAAUACAAUGGAUAAUGAAACGAUAGAAGAGGAGACAAUUUUAGGAUCAGUGGGUUCAGAGCAAGUUAUUACCGAUAAUCAGGAAUACUAUGAGAUUACAGUUGUUGAUGGUCCACAAGAGACUCAAGUUAAGCAGAAUGCUUUCAUUAAAAUAUUACCAAAGGUGGAACAGAAUACUGGGGAGCCAUCUAAAAAAGUGAGCAGACGGGGUGCUGGUAGAAAGAGAAAUAUGCCUGCUCCUACAAAUGUACCUCCAGUUAAGAUACUUCCAAAGCCAUUAAUUAUGAAUGGGCCAAAAACCUAUGUGCGAUAUGUGGAAGACCCAAAAACCGCAAAAACUCCUGAACAAAGGUCCCAAGUUAUAGAUAAGUUAAUAGAGAAAGUUCUUAAGGAAAACACAAAUGAAGUUGAUGUAUUCUUCAGAAGCAUGGCAGCUAGUGUUAAAAAAUUACAACCAAACUUAAUUCCAAAAGUGAAAAUGGAAGUCUGCAAUGUUAUAGCCAAAUAUGAAAUGCAAAGUUUUGACAAGAAUUUUCAGAAUAAUAUGUAA